AUGAUUCAUAUCCUUGACCAGACUCAUGGCGGUGAAAUAUAUCUAUUCCACAACGGCACUUUAGUUUGUUGGGGAUUGAAUGAAUUGCGGCAGGAAAUUUUUCUAAACGGACAUAUCAGAGCUGCGAGUAACGUGAUAGAAUCCAAGGAAAAUAUAGAAUAUAUCAUUGAUGAAGAUGAUUUCGAGAGCACAAUGGAUAAUUAUUUAUCUCAACUUAAUACAGAUAUUGAAAAGCUUAGCAAAAAACACCUGAAGACACAAUUAAUUUUUAUUCGUAGAAGAAUGCUUCAAGGGUCAAAUGACGGAUUUCUAGGAACACCUGAUUUUCAUUGGAUAAAACCUGAGCUGCAAGCCGUCCUCGCUAAAGGUGGCGGUGGUGGCAAAGGUGGAGGUGGAAGUAAAAGUGGAGGAGGCUCUACUGGCUCCACUGGUUCUACUGGUUCCACUGGUUCCACUGGCUCCACUGGCUCCACUGGCUCCACUGGCUCCACAGGCUCCACAGGGUCUUCCGGAGGAACUCCAGCAGGCGUUUCGUCAAAGGGAGGAACCGGUACAUUCUAUAAUGGGGCGCCCCCAGCUUAUUCUAAUACCAGAUCUACGUACAAUAACUAUCCGCAAUCAUAUUCUGGAGGUUAUUCAUCUACCUCUAGAUAUGGGCGUACCGGCAUGUAUAAUCCUGGAUUAAUGUACUUUGCCAUUAUGCCACCUUUCUUGUUUUUAGGCUAUCAUUCAGCAUAUCAUCGUUAUAAUCAAAAUACCGGUUAUUACUACGCACCUCAGCUUACCGAACAAGGCAGCAACACACAGAACGUUAUUAUUAACGGCACAGCGUAUUCGGGUAAAGAAGAUAAUUACAGAUAUGCAUUCAACAUUAGCACCAAUAAUCAGUACCCCAUGGCCGACCAUGCAUUUUAUUCUUCUUCGGAUCCCAAUGCUCAUCCUGCCGAUUUCGCUUACCGUUUGCAAUUGUCACAAAUUAUUGAAUUCGAUGAUGUCAACCAAAAUGGUUUUUACGACGCCAAUGAGCCCAUCCUAUCUGUCACCUCUCUUCAAAACUUAAACUGGCAGAACUUCCUUGUAUCAAAUAUCACAGUACCCAACAACAAUACACAAUCCUAUCUUCAGACGAGCACCUUUGCUAAUGUUACUUACAAUAAUACUUCACCUCUCAAUAGUACUGGAAAUCCAAAUUUCAGUGUGCGUAUCAACUACAGAGCGAGUAACCUGCAAUUAAAUACAACAGCUCCUAUUAUUAUGCAACCCAACUCUUUGGAAUAUGAUUUUGGUGUAGAAGGAUUCCCUAAUACCAUUGCUAAUAGUCAUCCUAAUGCCAGACUAGCAUUUGCUCAGGUCCUGUCGACUGAAGCUAACACACCUGUUGUAUUCGAUGUCAACAUGACAACACCAGUUGAUGUUGCUAACCAAAUCAAGACAAAUACCACUUACGGCAUUUCUAUUGGUGACUACACGCAAGGGCGUUUAGAAUUCCAACCCACUGUCAAUAUCUCAGAUGUCGGAACCAUCAACUCCUGGACCAAAAUCGAUUCUGUUGAAUUUGCUGGAAGUCCCUCUUACAGUGAUUGGAUUUAUGGUGCAGAUGCAUCAGGAGCCAAACGCGCUAACAAGCUAUUGUUCAUCACUGUUCCAGGUUAUGGUAAUAGCAACGAAACCAUUAGAGCUUCCUACUCUAGUUUCGGGUUCUUAGAUACCGAUGUGAUGAAUUCUUUAGCAAAUGGCGAGGAGCAAACAAGUUCUGCGGCUAGUAGUCACAGUAGUGGUAAGAUCAUAACUGUCUUAUUAGCUUCCUCAGCUGCAAUUUAUUUUGCCAUUUAA